CAGGUACAGAAAGAGCAUCAGAGCCUGUUGCUGCCUUGUAGGAGUGUAUGUGAGACACAGCUUUACACCAUCAGGAUGUCUGGUGGAGCUAGCAACAUAGGAAUACAUCAAUGGGCUGCAUGAGGAUGCGUCGCCCCUCGACCCGUCCAUCAUCUCAGGGGUGCUGGGAACCCACCUUGCUGUGCCUGUGCCACCCAGCCGGGCCCCGGACCUGACACCUCCCUGCCCUCCUCCACCGGGAUGGCCCAGGCGGGGGGACCCGUCCGCUUCCACCCCGAGGAGGGCUGUGGCACCUCGCCCCUGCCGUGCGCCCGCGGGGUGGACCGCAGGCCUUGGCUGGCAGGGGGCAGCCCCGAGGCCGGCAGGUGUAGCCCCCCGCGCUGCCUCACCCCCAACCUCAACGCCGGCCGCCUGCACCUGCUGCGCAAGGGCCUGGCCCCCGACACCCGCCGCUGCCCCCUCGGUCUCUACAACAGCACCGGCUCCCUGGCCCGCAGGCCGGCCGAGGCAGCUCCCUUCAGCAACGGGAGCUGCCCAGGCACGGGGCGCCUCACAGCCCCCUGCACCCCUCGGCGGGGCCGGCCCAGCCCGGGGGUCUCGUCCCUGGGCAUCCGCAGUCCGGCGGCGACAGCGGCCCUGGAGGGACAUAGCUCCGUGGUCACCUUCCGCUUCAUCGAAAAGGCCAGCGUGCAGACCCUGGGCGGCCUGCCGCCCUGCGGGAACAACGGCCCCCGCAGCCUCAGCCGCAGCCUGGAGCUCGGCGGGGACGCAGGAUGCCCCCGGCCCCAGCCCCGGCCCCAGGAGCGGCUCCUGAGCACGCUCAAGCUGGAGGCCUCUGCAUCUGACCCGCUCCUGGCCGGGGGCAGAACGCCGGGGGAGACACGUCCCUGUGGGAAGGAGCCCUGUGCCCUCAAUGCCGACUGCCUCUGCCGCUCCCUCACCAACGGGCUGCCAGAGGACCCCCCUGCCUUCGCCAGGACACCCCUGAAGCCAGAGGCCCGGCUCCAGGGCAGCGCCUGGCCAUAUCCCCGGCAGAGCUCAGCCCAUGCCCAACGCAUUGCCAAGGCCAAGUGGGAAUUUUUCUACGGCUCCAUGGACACCCCGAAGACAUGCUCCUCUGCCGCUGACUCUGCUCCCCUGGCUGAGCCUCCGCAGAAGCCCGUUUGCCCGCCGCCCGCCAAGCCACCGGGGUUGGUACCUGAGCACAGCCUGAGCCAUGUGGAAGUGGAGAUAGAGAUGUCUCCUACGGGCAGCCAGAAGCCCGGCUCCUGCGAGACUGGGAUUAUAAGGAGGACGGUGAAAUACUCCGAGACAGACCUGGACACUGUGCCACUGAGGUGCUAUCGUGAAACCAACAUCGAUGAUAUCCUGGCCGAGAAGGAGGAGGUGGAUUCAGCGAUUGAGAGCCAGAAGGACAGUGAGAGCAACCCAAGCUUUGGGGGCACCCCAGGCAGGAGGAACAGCAUUCCGGAGGAGUCCCCCGCCCCAGGCACCAACUGCCCAAAGGACGGGCUGCGGGACAGGCACAUGGACGAGGACAAUGAGGUGUUUGAGGCAAUGAGGAAAGAGAACAGAGAAAGGAUCAUGGACCGAGACACACAGGGUAUGCUCAAGUCUCCAGUGCCCUUCCUCCUGGGGCACAGCCUCUCCAAGGAUGGCAUGGACUCUUUCAGCAAGCAUUUUGAGAGCAUCAUGGAGUCCCAUCGAGCCAAAGGCACAUCUUACACCAGCCUGGACUCAAUUGACGUCCUCUCCUCCCCAGCCCGCACCCAUGGGACGUUUUUCACUUUUGACCUCCCAGCCGUCACCCCAGAAAUACAGGGACAGAUCAAAGACAGCGCCAAGCUGAUCGAGGAGAACUUUGCUCCGCUGGCUCACUUGGAGCCAGACUCUGGGACAAGUUCAGCUACAGAUGCCCCCUGGACAGAAAGAGAGGAGGAGCGAGGGAGACGAAGCAAAGGUGUUCGGCAUAGCCCUUGCCGCUCAGAGGACAGCUUUGGUACUCCCUUGGCCUCCAACAUGAGCGACCACCCCCUGAACCAGCUGGUUUUGGACUCAGACUCAGAGAUGGACAGCAUGGAGCAGCUGGCCCUGGGCAGCACGGACACUCUCUCCAAUGGGCACAAGGCUGACCUGGAGGCUGCCAAACGCCUGGCCAAGAGGCUCUACAACCUGGAUGGCUUUAAAAAAGCAGAUGUGGCCCGCCACCUGGGGAAGAAGUAUGUCAAUGAGUUCAGCAGGAUGGUGGCAGGGGAAUAUCUGAAGUUCUUUGUGUUCACGGGGAUGAGCCUGGACCAGGCCCUCAGGUCCUUUCUAAAGGAGCUGGCCUUGAUGGGAGAGACACAAGAGCGAGAGCGAGUGCUGGCUCAUUUUUCCCAGCGCUAUUACGAGUGUAAUCCCAAUGCCAUCUCUUCAGAGGAUGGAGCCCACACCCUCACCUGUGCCCUGAUGCUACUCAACACAGAUCUGCAUGGACAUAAUAUUGGAAAGAGGAUGUCCUGCUCUGACUUCAUUGGCAACUUGGAGGGACUCAACGGAGGCACUGACUUCCCCAAGGAGCUGCUCAAGACACUGUACGGCUCCAUCAAGAAUGAGAAGCUGCAGUGGGCCAUAGAUGAAGAGGAGCUGAGAAAGUCCCUCUCAGAGCUGGCAGAUCCCAACCCGAAGUCCAUCAAGCGCAUCAGCAGCUGCAGUAACCCCUUUCUGGACUUCUCCCAAGACUCCAGCAUUGCUACCUACAAGCAUGGUCUGUUAGUGCGCAAGAUCCACGCUGAUCCUGACUGCAAGAAAACACCUCGAGGGAAGCGCGGCUGGAAGUCCUUCCAUGCCAUCCUGAAGGGGAUGAUUCUCUACCUGCAGAAGGAGGAGUAUAAGCCAGGGAAGGCUCUGGCAGAAGAGGAGCUGAAGAACGCUAUUAGCAUCCAUCAUUCACUUGCCACGCGGGCAUCUGACUACAGCAAGCGACCCAAUGUGUUCUACCUCAGGACAGCUGACUGGAGGGUCUUCCUCUUCCAAGCACAGAACCCUGAACAGAUGCACUCGUGGAUCACACGCAUCAAUGUGGUGGCAGCCAUGUUCUCUGCACCCCCCUUCCCCGCAGCCAUCGGCUCCCAGAAGAAGUUUAGCCGGCCGCUGCUGCCCAGCUCCUGCACCAGACUGUCCCAGGAAGAGCAGGUGAAGAGCCAUGAGACCAAGUUCAAGACGAUGUCAGCAGAGCUGCUGGAGCAUCGUUCCUCACUACCUGAGAAGAAGGUGAAGGGCAAGGAGUAUGAGGAGUUGAAGCAGAAGGAAGAGUACCUGGAGUUUGAGAAAUCCCGCUACGGCACCUAUGCCAUGCUGCUGCGGGCCAAGCUGAAGGCCGGCUCCGAGGACCUGGCAGCGUUUGAGUCCACGCUCUUCGAUGCCGCGGGCGGGGAGGAUGAUGCUCUGAAAAAGUCCCACUCCAGCCCCUCGCUCAACGUGGAGCCCUCCAGCACGGCCACCAAGGUGAAGCGCAACGUCUCAGAGCGCACCGGCCGCCAGCCCCCCGGCCACCCCCAGAAGUCAUAAGUGAGGGGCAUCGGCCACCUGCGCUGCAGCUCCGUUUCUGCCCCCCGGUACCGGGGUGGAGGCCGCGUGCCUGCCAAGAUCCUGCAUGAGCCGUCCAUCUGGGCUGUGUGCCAGGCAGGCACCAGCCAUGCAGGGCCUCCGCCAGAGGUGGUGGCAGAGCAGGACAGUCCCUGGUCCUCGCCCGCCCGCAGGAGCUGCCCACUCUCUCAGCCCCAUCAGACUCGUUCCUGCCCCUCCUUGUCCUGUGCGUGGCUGCAGGAGCUCACGCCGAUGACGGGGACCAACUGAAACCCACCCACUGGGCUCAAAUCUUCAGUGGUUUAAGAA